CGAGCAAUCCAGUAUUACUAAACCUUUGGCCUAGACAAAAAGUGGAAUUUUCCGAUCAGUGAUCCUCACCACAUAAUGCUGUUUUUAGGACACCACCAAUACAGUAUUUUGGAGAAAAUACUGGCCAUGCUGCUGGUUUUCUAGGCGCACAACCUGAUGUCCACUUUUUCUGAGGAUGCAAGUUCCUUGACAAUGAAAACCAAACACGUGUUCCAUGUUCGAUGAACUUCCACCCGCAACAGAUCACCUUUCAAAAAAGAUCACUUCAGGUCGAGCUCUUGGAAUGAUCUGCUCAAACGCAAACGUCCAUACACUCAGUAAUGAAGAAAUUGCAGCAGACACGCGCAGCAAGCAACACAUCUUGGCUUUUAUGGAUGUCUUAUCCAAGGCCAUUGGUGCUCUGGAUGGCGGCCGUGAAGAUUUUUGUGAAAAGCUGAUGGUAUUGGGAGCCAGGCAUGCUGCAAUACCGGGGAUGAAGUUGGAAUAUUUCAAGGUGUUCAAACAAGCCAUUCUCAUGACGUGGGAAGCCCUGAUGUAUGAAGAGUUUACCGAGGAUGUUCGCCGUGCAUGGGCUCACUUGAUGGAUUAUAUAAUCGGAAUUCUGAGCGAAGGGUGCCUUGUAUUCGAAGAAGAGGAAGAAAAGAUGUUGCUGGAUGCUGGCUCUGAAAUACAACAUCGAGCGUCCGACAGUCAGCUGGGCGCAUAUCCGUCCACACGCAGGCGAAGUGGACGGCCCAGUGUGAUCAGUAUGACACCUGAAGAACUUUCGCACUUUUAUUCUGUGUGUAAAUAAACCCGGCAUGAUAGUUUUUCUCGUCUAAUGUAUCUGUUCCCUAAUUUAAAAACGUUCUGUGUAUAUACAGAUUAACCACAUAUCGAAUGGCUGUCGCACUUCGAUGAGCAGGUCACGUGACAGGUCAC